AUGAAGAAACUAGAGGGACAUGGAAACACGCCGCUUUCCACGUCGCGACGACCAUUGCCACCCCGGCCGCUUCCCUUCGCCGUUGCUUCGCUCGGUUGGCCUCUCGGUAAUAACUGUCAAAAGCUGGUGUCCGUGUUAAAAUUUGAUAUUCUAUCGGAAAUUAANCGACCAUUGCCACCCCGGCCGCUUACGCUCCGCUUCCCUUCGCCGUUGCUUCGCUCGGUUGGCCUCUCGAGUCAUUUUUUUCCUAAUCUUGAAGGAUCCUGGGGUUACUGGUCGAUUGCAUUUUUUCAGCAGGUUGCUUCCUUGGGUAAUAACAUUGCCAUUCAUAUUGCUGCUGGAAGNCUUGAAGGAUCCUGGGGUUACUGGUCGAUUGCAUUUUUUCAGCAGGUUGCUUCCUUGGGUAAUAACAUUGCCAUUCAUAUUGCUGCUGGAAGAAGCCUUAAGGCCGUGUACAAAUACUAUCACGAAGAUGGUACCUUAACCUUGCAGCAUUUCAUUAUGUUCUUUGGGGCUUUUGAACUUUUUCUCUCUCAGCUACCAGAUAUCCAUUCACUGAGAUGGGUAAAUGGGGUCUGCACUCUCAGCACAAUUGGUUUCGCUGGUACAACCAUUGGUGUGACAAUUUAUAAUGGAACAAAGAUUGAUAGAAGAUCAGUUAGCCACAGUCUACAAGGAAGCUCCUCUACAAAGAUAUUUAAAGCUUUUAAUGCUCUUGGUGCAAUUGCCUUUUCAUUCGGAGAUGCAAUGCUUCCUGAAAUUCAGAGUACUGUAAGGGAACCUGCAAAGAAGAACAUGUACAAAGGUGUAUCAACAGCAUACACCAUCAUUGUUUUCACUUAUUGGCAAUUGGCUUUCUGUGGCUACUGGGCGUUUGGAUCAGGAGUGCAGCCUUAUAUCGUCGAUUCUCUUACUACUCCGGCAUGGACGACUGUUAUGGCUUAUCUUUUUGCAGUGAUUCAAAUAUCAGGAUGCUUUCAGGUAGUUAUUCAACAACCUUCAUGGCCUACAUAUGCUUAUUUUGAAGAAAAAAUGUUAUCCCGCAAAACAAAUGCUCAUUUUGACCUACGAAAUCGAGUCAUUCGUAUGGUUUUUACAACUGUUUACAUGAGUCUUAUAACACUUGUGGCUGCAGCCAUGCCAUUCUUUGGGGAUUUUGUUUCCAUUUGUGGAGCAAUUGGGUUCACUCCACUGGACUUUGUAUUCCCUGUUUUAGCCUAUCUGAAAGCUGGGAGAAUCCCCCAAAAUACAAAGCUUCGCCUUCCACUGUUGGUCCUUAAUUUCGCGAUUGCUAUCUGGUUCUCGGUGGUCGGAGUUUUGGGUUGCAUUGGAGCAGUUAGGUUCAUUGUAGAAGAUAUUAAGAAUUACAAGUUCUUUCAUGAUAUGUAA